GUGUGAUGUUGCGGCAGGGCAUUGCAGCCAGCAGACGUGCCGCAUCGUGGUGUACACGGCGCAGCUUUGCUUCGAAGCCGAAGAAGCCCGUGGUGCUGAAUGACUAUACGCGCGUGCGAGACUUGGCCAAGAAGCUAAAGGUGUCGGCGGACGACGUCGUCAAGCAAGCCUGCCGGAAACACUACCACAAGUACUACAUGACACAUCACGACAUCCAGUACAAGUUCGACUCGCUCAAGCAGGUGAUUCUCCCAUUGGACCUCGCAGCGCGAAUCGCAGACCACUUUGGCGCGACCGUCGCUUAUGAAUCCGUCGAGCCGCAAGACAUUGAGUCAGACCCGUCGCUUGGGGUACUCGUGCCACGGCCGCCAGUGAUCGCCGUCAUGGGCCAUGUCGAUCACGGCAAGACUACUCUGAUGGACACGUUGCGCGGCGCAAAUAUUGCGCAGUUCGAGGUAGAAAAAAUCACACAGAAGAUUCACGUGUGCGAUACCACGCUGGCUCCUGACGUCCCAGUGACGUUCCUCGACACGCCGGGCCAUUUCCACUUUACACGCAUGCGCAACAACGCGGCAGGCGUGGCAGACGCGGUCGUACUGGUCGUCGCGGCAGACGAGGGGUGCCGACUGCAAACCGACGAGUCGAUCGGGUGCAUCGAAGACCUCGAUGUGCCGACUGUCGUCUGCGUCAACAAGAUGGACUUGGUCCCGCCUUCAACAUUUGACAAAAUCUGCGAUGAAAUCAAGGAGUACGUGGCGCUGGAGACAAGUCCGGUCCUGCCGAUCUCAGCAAAGGAAGGGACGAACCUGGAUGUGCUCAAGCAGACGCUGUUGAACGUGUUGGAAACCCAAGUGCUCACGAUGCAUGCGCACGUGGAUCGAGGAACGCAAGGUAACCGCAUCCCGAGGGGAUGUUUCGACGGCGAGAGGUCUCUUUUUUGUAGGAACAACGCUGGAAGUGGUCGCGUCGAUCGGUCGCGGCACGGUCCUUCGCAUCCUCGUGCAACAUGGAGCGCUCAAAGUCGGCGACCACUUCAUUUGCGGCAUGUUGCAUGGCGUGGUGAAGAAUUUGACGCGGGCAAACGGCGACGACGUGGCGAUUGCAAUGCCCGGCCAGGUUGUCGAUGUCUCGUUCAAAAAACUAUCACGGCACAAGGACGCCCCACUCGAGUACUCUCUGCAUGUCGUGACAAAAGAGCGGGCAGAAGCGAUUCUGCACCAACGAGAGAUGGCGAUGGAUUUUGAAGCGUCGGUGGAGCUCCGUCCCGACCAAAUUGCGGAAAAAGAAAAAGAAGAAGCACGUUUGCCAGCUAAAGGCUUCGUUGGGACGCCGAUCGUGGUCAAGGCCGACACGGCGGGAUCGCUCACGAGCAUCCUCGACACUGUUGACGACAUGGCGGGCAUCCACACGGCGCAUAUGGGCCUUGGAAACAUCACGGUCAAAGACGUCGAGAGGGGAUGCACGAUCUUUGGCUUUAACGUCCGCCUCCACGCUCGUGAGCGAAAGCUCGCGGCGGAACAAAACGUCCGCAUCGUGAUCCGCCCAACGAUCCACCAGUUGCUUGAGGAGAUUGCACUCGUCGCAGAUGAAGACGAAGCGAUCGCCGACGACGCGGACGAAAAUCAGCAGCAUUAGACCAAAGGAACCCCACAAGUGUCGUGGUUUCCACUGGGGCGUUGCACUGGCUGACACAUAACACUACUGAACGGACUGUGGACCUCGCGCAAUGUUGACGACUCGAAGACAAGAAUGGAGAUGCUAGCUGUACUUGACCCGUCUGUCGAUGAAUCUGUGG